CAUCCAAGUACUACUACUCAAACCUACUUCUCUUCACAGAUCUUGCAGGAUAGGGUGCAUUCAUGGUGAUUUGGUUAUCCGGGUUAUUUUUAUACUUCCUAACGAAUGGUAGUUUAACAUUUAUUUUGUGCAAAUUUUCAUGUGUAUUAUUUGGUAAAUAUGUGACCAUUAUAAUGGGAACCCAGUAACUUUUUACAACUUUUUUGUCAUCUUUUUUUCACAGGUAACUUAAUACAAAUUCACGUGGAGUUUUGCAGUCAUUGAAACAUUGUUUUAUUUUUUUAGUCCUGGCAGAUGCAAACACAAUUCAGGCUGUACUGUGAAAAUAACGCAGCUGCUAAUUGAGGAAACUGCGUUAGGAAAAUUACAUAUGUUGAAAAAUCUCAUGCUGCAUUCAAGCUUUCCAGGCUAUAUUCAGGUGAGGAGACCUCUGCAAGGCAUGCGCUUGUGAGCUAAAGGCUGAUGAGAAUUUUGGCAUUUGGAACAACGCAUCGACUGAACAAAGAUAACCAUGGCAGCUGCAAAGAAAGCUCCAGCGAAGCAUCGGUCUGGAGGAGUGCACUUUGGGGAGGUGGGAGCCGAAACAGCUGGGCAUGUCCACUUUGACGAUAAACUGCACGACUCGAUCGUUAUGGUCACGCAGGAGACGGACGGGAGCUUCCUCACUAAGGUUGGCUUCCUUAAGAUUGGCCACAAGUACGAGAUCACGUUUGAGAUUCCAAGCCGCGAGCGUCUUGGCCAGGAUGUGUGCGUGGUCUCCAAACACAAUUUGUUUCUGCAGGUGACUGGCAUCAAGGCAACUGCUGUUGGUCACGUCAUCGAGUGCCUAUACAUAGCUCACAAGGAGGGGGUCCUGCGGGAGGAGUUCACGCUGGCCAGCGAGACCAACGACCGCACCUGUGCGCGCGUCGCCGUGCAAGCCCGCGUCAUGGGGCGCCACCAGGGCACCCCCAUGCUGCUGGAAGGAGUCAAAUGCGUGGGCAUGGAGGCCGAGUACGACUCGGAGCAAAGUGACUGGCACGGCUUUGACUGAGUGGCACCUCGCGAGGGGGAUUGCUGGGUCUCGGGGUUGCUGGGAGAGAGCAGCUGGAGGGAGUUUUCAGGGGGUUGGGGGGAAAGAGAUGCAAAGCGGCAGGUGGUGUGCGUCUGGGGUGUUCUACCACCUAGCACUGUCGCAGCUUGUUUCAACGCUGAACCAUCAGUCUCAUCUUCUUGUCAAAGCAGGUCGCCAGCGCUUCUUUUAAAAACCGCAUCUGUUUUUUGUUUAGAGCUCGUUACAGCAAGCGUUGACCUAAUUAGGUCGUAUCACUAACACAUGGGUGGGUGAUGUUAAUAGUUUUUUUUACGUUUAACAAUAAACGGGGACAUUUAAUUCAUAUUAACAUUUAGCAGAAAUAUUACAGUCUACAUGUCCUGGCCAUUUUCAAAUUAUUGUAACUCUGAAUGUGUGGCACUACUUAAUUGUUUAAAAAUAAAACAUUUGAGCCAGCUGCCGUUCUUGAGUUGGCCUUCCCCUGGUCUGCUCUCUUAAAAAAAUAACUUGCCUCGGAACAAUGUUUAGUCUGCUCAUUGGUCCAAUUGAAUAUUACGUCACAAAUCAAGACAUGACAUUUCCACCUGCUGGUGGGGUGAGAAUUGGUGUUGUUUUGAACGUGCGUCCGUUUUACUUGGUGAAAGUUGGCGACUUAUUGUUGGAGUAAAGUUGAAGGUGCCACUUACCAGUUUACACACGGGUCCUAUCCUCUUGAGGAACGUUGUUAGCUACUAAUUUGUGCGGCAUGUAUAAGUUGUUUCUGUUUUUACUGCCAUGAAAAUUUAUUUUAUGAUAUAUAUUAUUCAUCGCACUUUCCAAUAAAUAGUGUUUUUAUCUGUUCCAAGAUGGCCUAUUUGGCUGUAGAACACUGGGCACAGGAGACUCUAAACCAUCCUCUCAAAAUGCCUUGAAUUAACCAAUUUCAUUAAUUCAUUUCUGUCGUACAUUUUUUUUGCUAUUUUAAAGAAAUAAAUAUUUGUCGCAACCGUUCUAUUUGAGCAGUGCGUGCAUGCACAUUGAAUUGAGUUCCCCCCCCCCAUGUGGAUAAUGUUUGAUAUAAGUCGCGAUGCCACAUCCCGCACCUAAAGAAGUUCAACAUACAUGCAUGGGUACGUCUUUCAGAUGACAAGGCAAAUGGCAUGCUCUUUGACUUCUUCAAAGAAAAAAACCUCGACCAUCACUGUUGGCUUUAAAGAGUAGCUCAGCGACCUUGUGCAUUCAAAUAAUUAGCCAGCAAGGAUUUGAUCCAAAAGGUCCAAAGCUUUAUAAUUGCAUACACAACCUUGUUUUGUGUAUUUAGGCCAAAUGAAUUGCAUUGCACUGCUGAAAGUCAAUUGCCUUAAAGUAGUCUGUUUGCUGUCCAUCUAUACGAUCUUAUUGUCUUUAAAAAAUAUAUAUUCUUGUUGUACGUCCGAUUGCUAUUCCUCAGGGUUACAACAAAUGUUGCUAUGUGGGUGAAGAUGCAUUUAGAUAAAAUUUGCAUUCCUGUCAACUCAAAAAUUGCCGUUUCACUGGCGUAGCAGGUCUGGCUAGAGUUCAACCCUUUCAGUUAACGGCACAUUGUGGUUCCAAUUUUGCAACCCCGUGAAGGUAUACUUGGCUGCCCGCUUUGUUUGUUGGCUGCAACAAACCGCUUGCGUAGUCGAGGAUCAGCGCACGCGCUGGUUGUGUGGUAAUUGGGCUGCGGUCACGUGCUGUAAGAAUUCGUCCACUCGUUUUGCUGAAUGUUACCGCUAAUAAAUGUCCUGACUUUAAAAAAA